UGAUUCACCUCUCCUUAAUAGAAUCGUCUUAUGACAAUCAAAAUGCCUCUGCAAGAAGGCCAAGGAACGCCGCGGUCUGACAUCAUUCCUACUAACGACUAUUACGCUCGUUCAACUCAACCUCCUAGCCAGGAUGGAAAAUCGGUGGCUUCCUACGGAGUCUUAAAGCCACGCCAAAUCACCAUGGUCGCCAUCGGCGGAGCAAUCAACACGGGAUUAACUAUCUGCGCGGGGAAUGCACUGUCCAAGGCCGGGCCUGCAUCGAUUUUGAUCUCUUAUACUGGUGUUGGAAUAAUUGUUUACCUGGUACUCUGCGCCCUAGGAGAGGUAGCCUCGUGGUCCCCUGAGCCAUCCAUGACGGAUCAUGCUGCUCGACUCUGUGAUCCAGCACUUGGGUUCACAUUGGGCUGGAUAUACUGGUUCAAAUUCAUGGUUGUCAUUCCCAACCAGUUAGCGGCGGGAGAGUUGUUGAUCGCAUAUUGGCAAGAAAACGAAGCCAAGUACUCCGUGUUCUGGAUCACGGCCUUUUUGGGCGUAAUAAUAGCCGCCAACUCCCUGUGCAGUCGAUAUAUGGGAAAGUACGAGGUCAUCCUGUCGUUCUUCAAGGUUCUGGUGAUGUCGGGGCUUAUGGCUCUGUCUGUCGUCCUUGCCCUCGGAGGGGGACCAGAUCGUGAUAUGAAGGGAUUCCGCUACUGGAGGGACCCGGGAGCCUUUGCUAAUGGUACAGGAGGUGCCGUGGCAGGCACGAUACGCGCGAUCUGCAGGACAGUCCCCUCCGCUACGCUGGCCUAUCUUGGAAGCGAACUGAUGGGCAUGACGAUUUUGCGCACUCAGAACCCCCGCAAAGCCGCGGGUCGGGCCAUCAAGGUAACCUUCUACCGCAUCUUGGUUUUCAACAUCGUCAAUAUCACGCUAUUAGGGAUGCUAGUUCCCCACGACACCCACAUCAUAGCAUUCGCCCAAAAAGCCUCCCAGCCGCGUACGGCCUCGGCUUUCGUAGCGGUUGCUCAGUCUGCUGGUCCGACGGUGAUCCCGCACCUUCUGAACGCCUGUCUUCUCCUCUUUGUGCUAUCGGCUGCAAACCAAGCUCUCCAGAUGGCAAGCAUGACACUGUACGGACUCUCUCUGGAUAAAAACGCUCCUUCGUUUCUGUGCCGAACCAGGAGGGGAAUCCCCAUCUACGCGUUGGGUUUGUGCUCUGCCGUGGCCUGUUUGGCGUACUUGAAUAUUUCGAGCGGCUCCAAAAGGCUAUUCGAAUACUCGGUCAACUUGGUCUCGAUGUUCAGUAUCCUCACCUGGGUCUCCAUCCUUGUGAUACAUUUCUCGUUCAUCCGAGCCCGAAAAGCCCAAAAGAUCACCGAUGAGGUCCUUGCCUUCCGGGCGCCGCUUGGGUUGUUUGGUUCAUGGGUUGCACUGGUAGCAUGUGUCCUGGUCACCAUCGUACGAGGAUUCGACUUUGUCGACCACCAAUACUACCCCAAAGGAGUAGACCGCAUAGCGUUUGUCACCUCCUUUAUAGGCAUCCCACUCUACAUCACCCUGGUUGCUGGGUAUAAGAUCGGCACCACAAGCAAGCGCGUACACCCGCAGGAUGUUGAUAUGGGAUCCUUAACUCCCAUCUCUGCGCCGCAUGGCGCGGACUGCACUCCUUUGGACACCCCUAUAACCCGACAAGCCGAGCCCGAGCAAGUCCCAGGGAGCUGAGCAUGAGCGGUGGUUGCUGUGAUGUCACUGCUGGUCAAACGGUCUCAGCCGGUUCUCGACAACUGAUCAGUCAGCAACCUGACAGGUUCCUGAGUUGUCGUGAGCUCUUUACGUAUUGUUACAUAUCAAUCUUUCACCCCCAUGCAAUUCACUGAAUAUUUGGUGUUGCUCGUCUUUUUCUGUUGUUUAUUUUGUGAUCCGUGAAAAGUGGGGGCUGCACGAUUCAGGAUGUUUACACAGCAACCAAAAAGCACACUACCAGAGCAGCAGCAAGGGUGAGCGGUCCCAGGAGACACCGCCAGUCACCACAAUGAUGAAAAUGCAGUUGAGAGAUCAUAGUUCUUGGACCAUUGGGAUCGAGUUUGCAGCCUCGUAGAUGGAUGUAGGCAGG